AAUAGUCUUAAAAAGAUAGUGUAUUCGUAGGUAAAAGAAUGAGUGAUGUUCAAGAGAGUGAAAAUGAUAAAGUGGAUUCGAACCUAUUUUUAGAAGCUCAGGAAGUUGGAGAAAGUGAAAUUGAGAAGUUAAAGGGCGAUACUGUGGGAAAUACUCUUUAUAGUGGCAAAUGGAUAAUUAAUACUUUGCUUUCGAUAUAUAGGGUACGUGAAGAUGGUUGGAAUGAAGAUCUGGAGAAUAAUCUGUGCACUUUAUGGGAUAUAACCACGGAAAAGGAUAUUGUCCUAUUUCUUGUGGAUAAUGACUUUUUUAAAAUUGCCGAGUUUGCUUUGAAUUACCAAGCACCAAGAUUAAUGGAAAUAAUUUGGGGAAUAAUUGGAAACAUGUCUUGUGAACCAGUAGUACUUGAAAUAUUAGGAACAAAAGAAGAACUUCUCGAAACAAUUUCUCGUCAAAAUUUUUUAGAAGAUAGUGGAGUAUGGGUGCAAAUUCUUCGACUUUUUCGUUCCGCACUUUGGAAUAUUCAAACUAAUCCAGAAUCAAGGUGGAGAGUUAAUUUGAGAAAUUCUACUUAUUUAAAAGACUUAAUUCCUUUUAUCUUGAAAAGUUCCACAAAUGUGGAACUUUUGAUCGCGACAUUAAGUUUUCUGCGUUCUUCGGCAGAGAUCGAUCUUCCAAAUGGAAAAACACUAUUUGAUGAACUCUUCGAAACGUCUAGUUUUCUUUCAGGAAUGUUAGAAUCUUUUGAAGAAAUUCUUCCUCAUGACGAGGCUCCCUAUUUAGCCCCCAUGUUGAAAUAUCUUGAAGAUUGGUUAGAAUUGUUUUCUAAUCUUCGGAAAAGGCCUCAAAUUCAUCAAGAGAUUUUGCAAGAUGACAAUCUUGCUCGAACGAUAGAAAUUCCACGAAGAAUUUUAGCAAAUUUUAGCGAUCCGUGGAAUCUUUAUCCUUUGGGUACAACUAAAGCUUCUUGUAUUUACAUGUGCGCAGAAAUAAUUCUUGAUUUCCGGUGGAAAGGAUUUUCAAGGGCAGAUUCUACAGUAGAUAUAAACGAGACAAUUUUGAAAAUUAUUUUCAACAUUGGCACGGGAAUGAAAGAAGAAGAAGAAGAGGAUUGUAAAGAAACAAUGAAAGAAUUGUUAAAAUACCUUGAGAGAUAUUGGGUAGAGAUAGCAAAGAUUUCUACGACUGACGAAAUUAUACAGAUUUUGAAAACAAAUGAAAAGACUAUUGUAGAUCACGCAAUAAAUUUGUUAAAAGCAAACAUUCCUGAAGACAAAAUUAAUAGCAUAGUGAAUGGAUGGUCGAACAAGUAAAAGAAAAACCAAGUAAAUGAAUAAGAAAAAUUGUUAUACCAGGAAAGUAAUUAUGUAGGAAUAAAUAUCGUCUUUGAUAAAAACAGCAAGAUUGAUAAGGCCAAUGAUCGAAUUUCUGAAUUAUUUUGAAAUAGUUUGAAAGGUUCAUAAAUAUGAAUAGACGUUGUCCUACAAUUUUAUUGUAAUCAAGAUUUAAGUAUUUUAUGUAGUACAUUAACAAUAUUUGUAGGGAUUUUUCCUGGCAAUGUUGGUAACAAGCUUGUUAAGAAAGAGAAGGGAUUUCGAGGCUAGUGACUUUCCCCUUAGACGGUAUGAAUUAUUGCGGUCAAUUGUACCUAGGUACAAUAUGGAUCGUCGGAGGAACAGGUUGCACAAAAUUUGUGACAAAGAUGUUCUGGAAUAAGCUUUCUUUUAAAUACAAAGAAAAGUUUCUAUUUUACCAAAUGUUUACUCCAGGCGUUUCAAUAAAGGCUAUCUAAUUUUAACAUACGUAAAUACGAAUCUAGAUAAUAUAUGUUUUUGCAAAUAUUUUAAGCAGUGGUUGACAAGAAUGAUCGGAAUCGUGUAGUUUUGCAACAAUGUAUACCAUAAAAAGAUACCUCACAACUAUAUGUAAUAUUUUACAUCAAACCUGAUAGGAUAAGGUUUUCAACGGCUGGUCAAAUGUAUAAUCUUAAUUUCAAGAAAGGAAGCGUAUGGUAACGCGAAUCUUCGAAUUUACAAACACAGUUCAGUAGUUGGCAAUGUUAUUGCUCUUCGUGGUUAUAUUUGUUGCAUUUGACUGAUUUUUAACGUUACUUUUCAUCGUGCCGCGAAUCGAAUGACCACCGGUAUCGUUAUUGUCACAAUUUUUAUCAUUCUACGAUGACUUCCAUCCCCACAAAACCAGUUCACUUGAGCCUAUUUUUAGUCCUU